AUGUUUAGGAGUAAGAACAAGGUUUCGAAGAUUCUGAUGUCUACGCUGUUUAAGCGACGCCAGGACGAGCUGGACGCGGUCGUUGACAGAGCCAUCCUGCGCCUGCAACUGGGUCUGCAGGUGCAAGUCGGGCACGACGUAAACGCAGUGAAGAACGAUAUCAGCGCGGUAAAGGAAGGGAUUCUCCUCUACAAGGGUCUCGAAGAGGCAACGUCAGAGUCUCUGGCGGAGGCUCGUAGCACAAGGCGACAGCGCAAGCUCGACCAGAUCGAGAUCCCUGAGGAGCAUCUGACCAUUACGGAUGACUUGCUGGGGAGGGGCGGCUUCGGCGAGGUCUUCUUAGCUGACUACAACGGCCGAAACGCGGCGUGCAAGGUAGUGCAUGUCGCCCACGACCAAGGCGCACUCAGGGAGAUCUACGAACUCGGCCAAUCGGUCGCCAGCAGCCAUUCCAAAACCCAGCGCGAGCAGAACCAGCGCAGAGCGUUCCUCCGCGAGCUGGAGGCCAUGAUCCGCUUGCAGAGUCCUCACACGGUGAAUGUCUACGGAGCGGUCACAUGUCUGCCAGACCGGCUUAUUCUGGUCAUGGAGCUUCUCUCCGGCGGCGACCUCCGAACGCUGUUGAGUAGCUGUGAUCAACCUUUUCCUGAGGAGCAGUCCCGCCGGAUCAUUGGAGACGUUUGCUCUGGCAUGGCUUUCUUACACAGCAAAGACACGGUCCACGGUGACCUUAAGUCUGCAAACGUUCUUCUGGACGGCGCUGGCAGGGCCAAGAUCGGUGAUUUUGGGACGUCUCGAUGGGCGCAGCACACCAACUCGACCGGCCUUGCUACGUACACCACGAGGUCUAGCCGGAGCACCCCCAUGAGUCUUGCCUGGAGCGCUCCGGAGGUGUUAGAAGCCGAGGGAAGCACAUACGAAAGCGACGUGUAUAGCUUCGGAAUCGUGGCUUGGGAGGUUAUUUCGAAGAAGAUGCCCUGGGCGGACAAGAUCCGCCCCAGGGACGUCAUAUGCGCCGUCCUAAAGGGGCUGCGGCCUGUCAUCCCGGCUGGUGCGACGGUCGAUAUUGCUGAUGUAAUGAAAGCCUGCUGGGCCGAGGAGCCCGAGGCCCGACCUAAAUUUGGCGCUAUCAUGGAGGGUCUCAAGCUGAACGGUUGGAAAGAGUAG